AAUUCCCAGAGCCCUCCUUCAUUCCAACCAGCAUAUUCCUAUCCUUCCUUUUUUCAAUCGCUACCAUCAUGUCCAGCACGAAAACAGUGACGACCCAGCAGCCCGCUUUCAAAACCAACACCAUGGUUCCUUACCACGAUUUCCAUACUCAUUCUGGCAACGAGAAAACUUGCUGCUCGCAAACGUCUGUUACUGGUGCUGGCCAUUAUGAAGCCAAUACGUCCUGUCAUCGACGCUGCCAUAAGGAUCGUCUGAGACGCUCUCUCAUGUAUCUCGUCGCUAUAUUGCUCGGUAUUGCUGUUCUUCUCAGCCUCUCGUGUUUUUUCGACGUCUCCGACGUCAUAAGCUUUGGGACCGAAGGCUUGGCAAAGCGUGCUACUGGGACCGGUGCCUCUAAUGGCAACAACUCGUUCGUUAAUAGGAAGUUGUACCUCAUCGUCAUCUUCGUUGGCUUGCUUCUCGUAGUGAUUAUGGGCAUUUGUUUAGCUGCUUGGUGCUGCAAAGGGUCAUUCGAGAAUCCUCUUUGCUGCCCUUGUUACCUUUGUGCUUGCUGCGGCGGUCUGGCAUGCCUCGAAUGUAUUGGCUGCGGAUUGUGCUGUGAGGGCGCCAGCGAAUUGUCGGAUGGUUGAUUACCAGUUCGGAUUUCAUUAUACCCUUUGAUACCUAGUACACUGUACGAGAUUAUGGACUCAUCAUCAUUGGGAGUAACAUAAGUAUACGGACUUUAGUUAGUUUAUCGACUCUCAAUGUGCCCAUGAAUGUUCUAAAA